AUGCAAGGGCAUGUACCUCCAGACCUGGAGUUAGAGGGGUGCAGAGGAGUGUUUAUUAAUCCCACACCCACCAGCUCCCAAAGGAAUUCUGACCAAUCGUGCCCACUCCCACAGAUUCUCCUCACCAAUUAUGCCCACUCCCACAGACUCUCCUCACCAACCCUGCCCUCUCCCACAGAUUCUCCUCACCAAUCCCACCCACUCCUCACCAGUCCAGGCAGCUCCCACAGACUCUCCUCAACAAUCCUGCCAACUCCCACAAUCUAUCCUCACCAAUCCCACCAGCUCCCACAGUCUCUCACCAAUCCCACCCACAAUUAUGCUCACUCCCACAGACUCUCCUCACCAAUCCCACCCACUCCCACUGUCUCUCCUCACCAAUCCUGUCUGCUCCUACAGACCUUCCUCACCAAUCCCACCCACUCCCACAGAUUUUCCUCACCAAUCCCACCCACUCCUCACCAGUCCAGGCAGCUCUCACAGACUCUCCACAACAAUCCUGCCAACUCCCACAAUCUAUCCUCACCAAUCCUGCAUGCUUCCACAGUCUUUCCUCACCAAUCCAGCCCACUCCCACAGACUCCCCUCACCAAUCCCGCCGGCUUCCAAAGACUCUCCUCACCAACAGUGCCUGCUCCCCCAGUCUCUCCUCACCAAUACUGCCCACUUCCACAAAAUGUUUGA